AAAUAAUUUUCCACCACAGUACACAAACAACAAUUUGACAAUUCUUUUUGACCUGUAUAUAGAUCCCUACAUAUCUACUUUUACACAUUUCCUCUGCAUAAUAAAUGUUUGUGUAUCUUUGUUUAGCUCCUUCUCAGAAGAUUUGGAGUUACCCUGAAAUACACACACACCGGAGAGUAUGAGGUCGCCCUAUUUCCCAGCGAGGUCGGUGCUUUUUCACAAGGAGCCCAACGGAGUGACGUACAGAGUCCCAGCGCUGCUGUUCCUGUCCCGCUCCAGGACCUUCCUGGCCUUCUGUGAGGAGAGACUCAGCCCGUCCGACUCUCAGGCUCACCUGCUGGUCAUGAGGAGAGGAACUUUCUACAGGAACUAUGUGGAGUGGGAGGACAUGCGUGUCCUGGGCACUGCCUUCCUGCCAGGCCACCGGUCCAUGAACCCGUGCCCGGUGUACGACGAGUUCACAAACACUCUCUUCUUGUUCUUCAUCGCGGUCCUCGGCCACACCUCGGAGUCCUAUCAGCUGGUGACGGGGAAGAACCUGACCCGUCUCUGCUACAUCUGCAGCACUGAUAACGGAGACACCUGGAGUCCUAUCACCGACCUAACCACGAGGGUCAUAGGAGAUACAAUCAAAGAAUGGGCCACUUUUGCCCUCGGCCCGGGUCACGGCAUCCAGCUGAAGUCCGGCCGUCUGCUGGUUCCUGCCUACGCGUACCACAUCGAGUGCAAAGAGUGCUUCGGACAGCUCUGCCAGACCACUCCCCACGCCUUCUGCUUCUACAGUGACACCCACGGGCGAACCUGGCGUUUCGGGGAGGCGGUGCCCGUGCCGGAGAGCGUGGAGUGUCAGAUGGUGUCUGUGGAUGAAGAGGACGGGACUAACGUGCUGUACUGCAAUGCGCGCAGCCCUCUGGGGUACAGGGUGCAGGCCCUCAGUCUGGAUGACGGAGCGGUGUUUCGGGAGGGGCAGCUGGUGCAGCGGCUGGUGGAGCCUGGAAAUGGGUGUCAUGGUAGCAUUGUGGGAUUCCCUGCCCCGUUACAUUUAUCUCACUCUCUUGACAAUCACUUAGACCAACCUAAACAUCACUCCAGACACUGGACAUCCUGCAUGACUGACUCAAAUCACACCACCUCUGUUCCCACCAGCUCCUUGACACCCAAUCAUCCGUAUUUCCUCACCCCCACCUGGGUGGUAUACUCCCACCCAACAUGGACCACUGGGCGCAGGGAUCUGGGUGUGUACCUCAGCCUGUUUCCCCGUGAUCCAGACAGUUGGCGUGGCCCCUGGGUGAUCUACGACGGCCCCAGCGCCUACUCUGACCUCGCCUAUCUGGAGCUGCCCCCCUCUCUCGGCGCACCGCCCGCCGUGGCCUUCGCCUGCCUGUUCGAGUGCGGCACCAAAACAGCCUACGAUGAGAUCUGCUUCAGCAUCUUCACCCUCUACGAGCUCAUUGAUAAUCUGCCCCGGGAGGCACAGCUGGGACAUAACAAACGUGAAUGUAAAAGACAGAAGGAUCAAGUCUCUGAGACGGAUCGUACGAGUGGACAGGACGGUCAAAGAACAGCAGCUUUCCAUCAGGCGCCCCGUGUGAAGAAGAAGAGCAAGUUGACUAAGAUGUGCUCGGUGUCUUAAAUGUAGAUUUCACCUUUCAAUACAGCGUUAAAGUCCAGUAACUGUUUUCUAUUCACACUCAGUGGGCACUUUAUUAUCUGCAGCUUUACCGUCUAAUAGAACUGUUCUGCCAUAAAGUCUGUGAUGCUUAAUUUAUGACGGAGCUGUUUUAUUGAACUGCAAAAGAUUGU